AUGGCAGACCUUAUCAGACAGUCGCCAGCACAAGAAAUGCGAGUAGUCAUUAAUGAAGACAAACGCCCAGAACAGCAACACCCUCGACGGUACAACGCACCAACCAGUAACGAAGUUGGUAUAUUAAUGCCGAAUGAACCAGCUGCCACCCGUGACAUCAUUCUACACCCACGUAAUGGACACCUCUACCGUAUUUCCGAACUGCACAGAUUGUACGACCCCUUGCAGUAUCCUCUCCUCUUCCCCUAUGGGACAGAUGGAUAUAACAUCUACCUCAACACCCAAGGCAAAAAAAUCACUCAGAAACAGUAUUAUGCAUAUAACAUGCAAACACGACCAAACAAUUACACCCUGUUUGGUCGAGAUCUCUACCAACAGUAUUUGGUUUACAUGUACUGUAAAGUCGAGACAGAGCGUUUGCACUACAUCCGUCGAGAGCAGAAAGCCUUACGAGCUGAUAGCUACAGUGAACUCCGUGAUUCCAUUCUACGUCAAGAUGCCGAUCCGUCCAGUAUUGGCCAACGCAUUGUUCUCCCAUCGUCCUACACAGGUGGACCAAGAUAUAUGCAUGAACGACAGCAGGAUGCCAUCACGUAUGUCCGCCUCUUUGGCAAACCCUCCUUAUUUAUAACCACUACCACAAACCCAAAGUGGCCAGCAAUCAUCGAGAACCUCCAUCCAAACCAGACCGCUCCAGAUAGACCAGAUAUAGUUGUACGGGUUUUUCACCAGAAGCUCAAAUCACUUAUGACGCUCAUAAAAAAAGGCGCAUUCGGAUGUCUCCAGGCGUGGCUGUAUGCUGUGGAGUACCAAAAACGUGGCCUCCCCCAUGCACACAUCUUAGUCUGGCUUACCCCUGCAAGUAGAAUCACCCCUGACCGCAUAGACCUCAUCAUCUCGGUAGAAAUACCGAACCCAACAACAGAACCCAUACUCCACAAAAUUGUGAAGCAGAAUAUGAUCCACGGCCCAUGCGGACCAUUCAACCCCCGCAGCCCUUGCAUGCAAGAUAACAACUGCACGAAAUCUUUCCCUAAAGAUUUGCGUCAGGAAACAGAACAAGGCACUGACGGUUACCCCAAAUACCACAGAAGAUCACCAGAUGAUGGAGGCCAUACAGCAACGAUCACCAAGUACCACAAUGGCCAACCACAUGAAGACACAAUAGACAACAGAUGGGUAGUACCAUUUAACCCUUGGCUACUGCGACAGAUGAAUUCCCACACCAACGUUGAAAUCUGUAGCUCCAUUAAGAGCAUUAAGUAUGUUCUUAAAUACGUUCACAAAGGCAGCGACCCAGAAGUAUUAGGGUAG